CCAAGUGCUCAAAAAUAGGACGUAAGUUAUCAAAAACUAGUUAGCUAGUUAUUCAAUUCAUCAAUGGCUAAUUCCGACUCAUCUUCAACGACCUACCUCCUCAACCAGCAUAAUGCUAAUGAUCAUCAUCUUCCUUCAAUAUACUAUCAAGCCAACAAUAAUAAUAAUGAAAAUAAUAAUGGUGGUAUCAUUGACUUGGGGCUUAGCCUUAGAGUUUUGCAGCCACCAACUAAUAAUUACUCGUAUAUUAAUGGCUCCGUAAAUCCACAUCAUGAUGACUACCGUGAUAUGGUAGAAUGGAACCACCACCCAAUAACAAUGCACCCUUACGAAGGCAGUCCAGACGACAUCGAUGUCAACAUUAUUUAUCCUAGCUGCAGGAAGACAGAUAACAAGUACCAUGCUGUCAAUAUUUAUGAAAGAGAUGUGUUCCAUAGGAUACAACUACAACAAAGCGAAUUUGUGAAGGUUAACAUGGAUGGAGUACUCAUUGGUCGAAAGAUAUGUGUUGUUAAUCAUUCGAGUUACUUGAGUCUUGCAACUCAACUUGAAGAAAUGUUUGGAAAACAAUCUGUAUGUGGUUUGAGACUAUUCCAAAGUGGUUCAGAGUUUUCCUUAUGGUAUAAAGAUAGAGAUGGACAAUGGAGGAUGGUUGGUGAUGUCCCAUGGAAGGAGUUUGUAGAUGGUGUAAAGCGGAUUCGGAUCAUGCUUAAUUAAUUAAGGAUCGAUGAAACCUUCUUAAUUAAUUUCUAUGUAACCUAAUUGGUAUAAAUUAAUUAAUGUCCCCGGCCAUUCCAUUCCUGGAACUUGAAGUUGAAUGAAGGCAACAUAACACAUGGGACGUUGAUGAGACUAGCUUUUUUUUUUUGUGCGUCGCGUCUUACAGUGUCAUACUAAUUAUUAUAUACAUAUAGUAUGAUCUCCAACAAUUCGAAAAGGCUAUAUUUGUCUUUCGAUUUUCUCUUAACUACUGUAGGCUCUGAGUUUGCUUAAUUUAUUAACUGCAAUGCAAUUAUAUUGUACC